CCUCCUUUCAGAAUUGAGUGAGUGCGUCUCUGUGCCCUCGCCUGAACAUUUUAUCCGAAUGCAAAUUUGGGAUGUCGUGAGCGUUGUCCGGUGGCCAACGGGCACGCAGUCAAAUGGAGGUCGUGAAUCAGCAGCUCAAUAGUUAAAGCUGUGCCGAAUGCGUUGUUUUCUGAUCCGUGUGGUGCUCGCGCUUCACCAGAACGCUACAGUAAGAAGAUGGCGACGGAAGGAGCGGGUGGGGAGCAGCCUUCCCAAAUCCAAACGCUGACAACCGCCGUGUGUGGAAGCGUCGAAAUGAAAUGUGAGCUGAACAUGGACAACCUGAGCAAGCCAGAGCUCCUGACCCUGCUCAGCAUCAUGGAGGGAGAGCUGGAGGCGCGCGACCUGGUCAUCGAGGCUCUGAGGGCGCGCAGGAACGAGGCCUUCAUCCAGGAGCGGUACGGACACUACAGCCUGGCCGACCCCUUCCUGGCGCUGCAGCGGGACGUGGAGGCGGCGGGCGGGGACAAGGCGCGGCGGGCGGUGUGUGCCAGCCCCGUGGUGGUGCUGGAGGCCGUCAUGGCGCACUGCCGGAGGAUGCAGGAGAGGAUGUCCGCCCAGCUCACCGCCGCCGAGGGCCGGCAGAGGAAGCUGGAGCAGGAGAAGUGUGAGCUGCAGGGCUUGCAGCAGGAGCACCGCCGGCUGUCGGCUCAGCUGCAGGACGAGCGGGAGAAGAACAAGCAGGUGGUGGGCAUGCUGGUGCGCGAGUGCCGUCAGCUGGGCGGCCGCGUGGCGGAGGAGAGCCAGCGCGCGCGGGAGCUGAGCGCCCGGCUGGAGGAGGAGGGCCGGGCCACCGGCCGCCUGGGGGAGGAGCUGCGGGCCGAGCGGAGGCGGGGCCAGCAGGCGGAGGCGGAGACGGAGAAGAGGAUGUGGGAGCUGGACACGGAGCGGGAGCAGCUGAGGGCGCGGCUGGGCCGGGAGGAGGCGCGGGGCGCGGGCCUGCAGGAGGAGAGCCUGGAGCUGAGGAGGCGCGUGGAGGAGAUGCGGGGCGGGGAGAGGGAGGACCCGCCCGCUGUGGUCACAACCCCGCCCACCGUGGUUACGGCUCCGCCCACCGUGGUUACGGUCCAGCCCCCCGUGACCGUGGCCCCGCCCGCCGAAGCCGCGGCCCCGCCCCCCAGAGACGAGGCCCCGCCCAAGACGGUUUCCGUCGCCGUGGAGACCGACCGCGUGAUCUGCAGGGUGGCCUUCUGCCAGACGGACCCUCCCCCGGCGGAGACGGCCCCGGACGCCCCGAAGAAGCCCCCCGUCGCCCUGCCCGCCAAACCGUCCCCCGCCAACUACGCGGGCAUGGCCCUGCCCAAGUCCGGGGCGCGGGGGGCCCCCCAGUCGGAGAACGGGCCCGAGCCGGCCCCGGCGGCCCCGCCCUGCGGGAUCUCUCCGCGGGUGCAGGCGGCCCGCUGCCGGUUCCAGGCGGAGCAGGACCAGAACGGCACGGCCCCGCCCGGGCCCCCGGCCCGCGACCUGUCCCCCUCCACCCGGGACACGCUGGCCGCCCGGCAGCAGGCCCGCCACACGGUCACGCAGGUCCUGUCCCGCUUCACCAGCCCGCCCGCGGGGGCCGCCCUCCGCCCCGACCCGGGCCCCGGCCCCGGCCGGCUGGGCCCCAAGUCCCCCACGCCGGGCCGGAUCGACCGCGGCACCCCGCCGCCUAUCCCGCCCAAAAAACCGGGCCUCUCCCAGACCCCCUCCCCGCCCCACCCCCCCUCCAAAGGGCCGGCCGCGGGCCCGGGGGCCCUGCCCAAACCGGCCACGCCCCAGCUCCCGCCCAAACCCGCCGUCUGUCCCGUCCCAGCCCUGACGGCGACUCAGGUGGGUGCCGGACCCCCCCUGCGGCGGACAGCAUGCGCCGAGUGUUCCCCUGUCCGUAGACCCCCCGUCCCCCCCGUUAGCGCUUCGCCCCGUAGCCCCCGUGACACAGACAGCCUCCUGGCAGCAGCCGCAGGCUGGUGUCCGCCCGUAGCCCCCUCGCUAACCCGCGGCGGCCCCGUUCCCCCGGCCGACGGGCGCACCCCGCUCCUCCACGCCGCCGCCCAGGAACACGACACUUUACUCCCCACGCCGCUCCACCCCAGCCCGGGAGGCCCCGCUGCCUUGUUUUCUGCUGCCCGAAACGGACACUCAGACUGUGUGAAGCUGCUGCUGGCUGCAGGUGCUGGUGCUGACGUUGCAGAUGAAAGGGGCUUCAGGCCUCUGCACACUGCUGCUGCCCAUGGCCAGGCCCGGUGCGUGGAGGCGCUGGUCGCCGUGGUCACAGACGUGGACCGCGUGGCGGCCGGCGGUCAGACCGCUCUGUUCCUGGCGUGCGGGAGCGGGAGCUCAGAGACCGUCAGAGCCCUGCUGGAGGCUGGGGCCGACCGCACCCUCGUCACCACGGACGGCCGGACGGCUCUGCACGCGGCGGCCGGAGUGGGUCAUGUGACCAGCCUGGAGCUCCUCCUCUCCCACCCGCCCGCCAGCGCCGCCCCCCCCGGGACCCUCCUCUCCCACCCGCCCGCCAGCACCGCCCCCCCCGGGACCCUCCUCAACCACAGCGACCGCGCGGGCUGGACCCCCGCCCACAUCGCUGCCUCCAGAGGGUUUAAGGACUGUCUGGAGGUGCUGUGUGGCCACGCUGAGCUGGACAUUGAGAAAAGGGACAAGUGCAACCGGACCAUCCACGACGUGGCCACUGACGACUGCAAAGAGCUCCUGGAGAACCUGGACUCCUACCGCGUUCCAGUCCGGAUCCGGAGAGGCUCGGAGGAGCUGAUCUGCACGGCGGACGUGCUGGAGGCCGAGCUCGCCGUCGGCACGGUAACGGUCUCCAGGGCGACCGGCUGGGCGGAGCUGUGCCAGAGCCUGACCCGCACCCUGUCCAAUCACUUCCUCCUGCUGGGCGGGGGCGGGGCUUCCCUCGGGCUCAGCCCCGACAGCGUCUCCUCCGUCCUGAUUGGUGACGCCGUGUGGAACCCUGGUCAGCCCCUCCCCCUGUCCCCAUGGGACCUGGUGAGGAAACGGGGCUGUCAGCACCUCACCGUCCGGCUGAAAGGUCUGUCUGAGGGCUCUCUGGAUGAGCUGGCGUUCCUCUCUCUCAUCCCCCUUCAGCUGCUGCACAACUACAUCCGCCUGGUGGAGCAGUAUCGCAACAUCAUCUUCCACGGCUUAGAGGGAAGCUGCCAGGACUAUAUAGCCAAUCAGAUCGCCCGAUGCAUAAAGCACAAACAGGAAGCUAUGGGCGUCGGCUGUGACAUCAUCAGGGUGGAGGUAGACGAGAGCCUGUCCAAAGAACAGCUGGUGGAGACCUUCAUCAACUGCGGCUUCCUGCUCCCGGAGCAGCAGAGCGGGCCGGGUGCGGGUGUGGUGCUGCUGCUGCAGGGUCUGGAGCGAGCGCACUCCCUGUCAGAGCUGCUGGGCGGCCUGUGCGAGGGGCUGGAGAACCGGGGCUCGGCCUACCCGCUGCCCCUGCUUCACGCUCCGGUUGGUUGCGGCCUGCACCACUUCCACGAGGGCGGCUUUGUGAUUGGCACGCUGGCCAAGCCCCGCCUGCAGGGGGCGGAGCUCCUGCUGCAGCAGCACUUCCGCUGGGUGCAGCUGCGCUGGGACUCGGAGCCGCAGGCCGGCCUGCUGACCCGGCACCUGCAGAGGAAGCUCCUGCACAAGAUGCGGGGUCAGGUGCUUCCUGCGUCGGACAUGCUCAGUCGCACCGUGGCCUGGGUCUGCUCCGUGUGGCAGCAGCUCAACUCCUGCCUGGCCCGUCUGGGGGCCCCGGAGGCCCUCAUAGGGCCACAGAUGUUCCUGUCCUGCCCCGUGGUGCCAGAGCAGGCCGCUGCUGUGCUCAAGUGGCUGUCCCGGCUGUGGAACAUGGUGGUGGUCCCUCGUGUGGAGGAGGCCAUCGGCUCCAGGGUGGUGCCGAAACGGUCUCCAGGCCAGCGCCAGUCGCCGAGCAACAAGAACCUGGGUCCCAGGCAACAGGCCGUGGUCAAAGCAGCCCUCAGCAUCCUGGUCAACAAGGCUGUCCUGCAGGGCUGUCCACUGCCCCGGAGAGACAUAGAUGAGCACCUGCCAGCGUUCCAGGGCGGGAGCUUCCCCCUGCUGUCACUCAACCCGAAUAAGGGCGGAGCUAAGAAGGGCCGGGACACCAGUGGCUGGAGGAAGGCCAGUACCAGCCCCCGCAAGAAGGGCAGCCCCGCCCCCUCCUGGAGGACUGGUGGCACACUCAGAGAGGGUUUGCUGUGCAGCAGUGACUCCAGUGGUCUGAGGGAGGACGGGCAGCUGUCUCUGUGCACCGAUGACCUCAUUCAGGAGCUGCAGGCCAUGUGCAGCAGCCGGUCGGAACCGGAUGUCAGUAAGGUCGGCCACCCUCCCCCAAACCUCGGCCCCCCGGGGCCGGCCAGCAGCAAGGGCAGGCCCCCCAAGCCCAAAUCGCAGCUCCCUGUCCCAGCCAGCGCCCUGCAGCCAGCCAGCGGCAUCCAACGCAGCAGAACAAGGCAGACGUCCCCCAAAACCAAACCUCCAGAGGUCUGGAUCCUGCACUGAGGCGUACCUGAAUCCAAGGCCUCGACCCCCCCGCUUUCUCUCCCCCUCUCCCUCCCUCCACCCAGCAGAACCAAGACCGCUUUUUGUAUUUGUUCCUUGUUGACCGUACUUGAUGCAAUGUGUAACAUUGUGCACAUGGGGACCAUAGUUUUAUUCUGUUAUAAUAUAGCGU